GGGAAGAAAACGGUGCUGGGAAAUGCUCUGCAGGGCAGCGUUCCUGGCUGCCAUCCUGCUGCUGCUGCGGGUCAAGGGGGUGAAGCCUCAGAAAGGCAGCCUGGACCCCAACGAGGGGAGUCAGAACAAGGAGAUACCCUCUACAGAGCAGGAUCAAGAGCAGUUUGAAGAGCACUUUGUGGCCUCCUCAGUGGGUGAGAUGUGGCAGGUUGUGGACAUGGCCCAACAAGAGGAUGAUAAGACAUCAGACACGGCAGCUCUACGUGACCACCUGUCGGACCUAGCCUUCUGCUCCAGUCUGGCCAGCAUCCUGGUUUUUUUAUGA